AUGAUUAUCGCCGCACCUCCCGGUCUUAAAAAUAUCACUGCCCAACUAGAGCUUCUAAUCAAGAAGCUAAUUGCCAUCCAACUGGAUUCUCGAUAUAGCUUAACGGUCGCCAUGAUGUCCCGCAUCACCCUCAACCUCAAAAAGUCGGUAGGCAAGAUGAAUCAACGCGCCCUUCGAGCGGAACUACCUACCUACUUUGGAAGACGUACCCUGGAUCAAGUUAACACCGCCAACACAACUGUCAGAAUACUCGGUCCUGGAGAAGAGGAUCCUGAGAUGGCUACCCAGGAGAACUUCCAUUUGCCGAUGAUUACAAUUGCCCCUGCGAACAACACGAAGACAGCUAUCGAUUUGCCGGAAAUACCGACGUCAUCGUGGACCAUAGACGCAAAGGCUAUUCCGUCAACAGCCACGUUGGGGGUGCAUUCUCCGACAGCAAUUCGAUUUUGUGACAAUGGGAAAAAAUAA